CUACAUUUACAUAUUCAUGAACAUUAUUUUAUAUGAGCCAAUAACAACCAUAAAUCUAGGUCCAUGAUUUUCAGUCCACAACAACUAAACAAAGCUCAAAUGGAUAAAUUGUCUAAGCUUUUGUUUCUACUUGUUUUGCUGAUCUUCAUCAAUAACAGAAUAAAAGUAGUUAAAGGAGAUGAUGAUUUCAUCAAAAAAACAUGCAAAAACACUCAAUAUAGUGAUGUAUGCAUCUCCUCCUUGAAAUCGUAUCCUUCAAGCUCAAAUUCGGAUCUGAAAGGGCUAGCAACUAUCAUGGUGAAUGUAGGAAUGGUGAAUGCAUCGGAAACUUAUGCUUAUUUAUCAUCACAAUCACAAGUGAUUAGUAGUAGAAAUAGGGAUACUAGUUUAAAGAAGUUAUAUCAGUUAUGUGCUUCAGAGUAUUCUUAUGCUAAUGAUUCUCUUAAGUCUAGCUUACAUGAAUUGUCUUUGGAAGAUUAUGAUUAUGAUUAUGCUUCUAUCCAUGUAAUGGGUGCCUCUGAUUAUUCCAACGCUUGCCACAAUGCAUUCAAUCGGUACCAAUGUGUGGAUUAUCCUACUUUGCUCAAGGUUAGAGAAGAUGGGUUUAAGCAUAUUUGUGCUGUGCUUUUGGGAUUAGUUGACCAACUCUAUUCAAUCAAUAAACGUUCUUAGUGUGUAAUCUCUACUAGUUUUCAUCUUUAGUUGUUUAUAUUAUGUUUAAAAGGAUAAAUGACAUUGCUGUUAUUUCUUCAUUUUCACCUAUUCAAUAUUUUUAGAUCGGGUUUACCGGAAAACUCCUUGAAUUGAUGUGUA